UUUAUUAUCCUCAUUAUCAUUGAAUGAAUUAUUGAAAAUUGCGGUUUCGAAUAACAAUCCACUUUAAUUAAACGCUAACAAAAACAAAAUAGUUGGCCUGGUUUUAUACUCUGACACGCGGAAUCGCCUGUUGAUCGAUUCGAUCAAAAACAAUAGAAAAAUCGAUAACGCUAAGCCCACUUGAUUAAUCGAGAUUUCCCAACCGCGGAAUUUUUCCGAAUUAAUUACUGUCAAUGCUUGCUACGCAACGCGAUGUAUUUGACACAUUUUGACACAAUUAGGUACGUUGCGAGGUAACGGGUCAAAUGACAGUUUUUGUUAAUUUGUCAAAUUACGGCAUACUAGAUUGAGUCAUCGAUGACAGUUUUAUCGCCUUAUCAAUUAGGUAGUCUCUAGGGAAACAAUCCACAAGACAAUUAAAAAUCUGUGCGUAACAUCUUUUGCGAGAGAAAUCCGUUGACCUUUAAGUCAUAAUAUAAAGCGAAGCACGUCAAGUUAAUAUUUUCAGUACUGCGGUUACCCCGACAGGUUGAUACCUAAUUAAAAUCGUCGUGCUGAAAAAAUAACAAUCGUAGUUGGCAUUGGCAAUGACCUAGUCGUAUAUUUUGGAACAAAAGUGGCAAAAAUGUUGACAGGAUGGCGGUUGCACGUGUCAAAACUAUUUUUCAUCCCUCAACGGUACGUCCUUGGCGUGAUGGGUUUUUUCGCCAUCGUAAACGCCUAUACCAUGCGAGUCACCCUUUCCGUGGCCAUAACAGAAAUGGUAGAACCCAGCAAAGCAUCAACCCAUUACGACCCUGAUUCCUGUCCUGGUUCUCUCGCUAAUACUUCAAGCGUUACGAACAGUGAUAAGUUGUACCCAUGGACGAGCACCCAGCAAGGUCUCAUUCUGAGUUCUUUCUACUGGGGGUAUGUAAUAACCCAUAUUCCGGGUGGUAUGAUCGCGGAGCGAUUUGGAGGGAAAUACUCACUAGGCCUUGGUAUACUUUGCACGGCCAUUUUUACUUUUAUCACCCCUUUUGUCAUUUAUGCGGCCGAUGGGCAUUGGGGUUGGGUUGUUUUCGUUCGAGUUAUCGAGGGUUUGGGUGAAGGUACCACUUUUCCGGCACUCAACGUUUUGCUGGCUAAGUGGGUACCGGCCCAUGAACGUUCCAAGAUUGGUACUUUAGUAUUCGCUGGUUCCCAAAUUGGUACCGUGGCCGGAAAUGCCAUCAGUGGGGCCUUAAUUUCGGCAACCCAAGAUUGGGCGUCAGUAUUUUACGUUUUUGGGGCUUUUGCUAUCCUUUGGGUGUUUCUGUGGAUGGUACUGUGUUACCCUGACCCGGAAAAUCACCCUUUUAUUAGUGAUGAAGAGAAGGAGUACCUCCGGAAACACAUAGCCCAUGUGACGCGGAGAAAACGACAGGUACCAUGGUACUCCAUUAUGACUUCUGCACCGGUUUUGGCACUGAUCGCGGCCCAAAUUGGGCACGAUUGGGGCUUCUUUACCAUGGUUACCGACUUGCCCAAAUACAUGAAAGACGUUCUUAAAUUUAAUGUAGCCCAAAAUGGGGUUUGGUCAUCAGUACCUUACAUCUUCAUGUGGUUGGUAUCCAUGACUUCGGGAUGGCUUUGUGACCAUUUGGUCGAAAAACGCUAUCUUAGUGUGACCCUUGCCCGGAAAAUUUUCACCACCAUUGCAUCCAUGGGUCCAGCAAUUUUCAUUAUCGCGGCUUCCUAUUCUGGCUGCGAUCGCGACUUGGCCGUGGUCAUGUUUACCAUCGCCAUGAGUUUCAUGGGUUCAUUUUAUUGUGGUAUGAAGGUCAAUGCGUUGGACUUGGCACCCAAUUUCGCUGGUACUCUUAUGGCCAUUGUGAACGGAAUCGGGGCCAUUACCGGGAUCAUAGUACCAUAUCUGGUCGGAGCCUUAACCGAAGACCACACUUUGAUCCAAUGGAGGACAGUUUUCUGGAUAGCUUUCGGCGUUUUUGCCAUAACCAACUUGAUCUUCGUUAUUUUUGCCAGCGGGGAAGUACAGAGUUGGAACGAGGAUGAUAGUGACCUUGACCAGAAGGAAAUGUCCUUGAGGAAGGAGCAACGGACCGAAAAGGCGUAAUUUUGUGAUUUCUAGACUGCGAAUUGUGAUUAUUUAUUAUUUUCUUGUAAUUUAUAUAAAAAAUAAACGUUUUUAAUCAA